UUAAUAAAUUAAUGGUGUUUUGGUCUCCAAUUUGAAAAAUGCCGCCAAUUAAACAAAUCGAAAGUCAUGUUCAAUGUUGACGUUUCAAUUCACUUCCGCUUCGAUUUUGCAAGCAAUGGCUGUUUGUGUGGCUGUUAUUGGCAAAGAUAAUUCACCACUCUACAUUGGGGGUAUCGGCAAUGACACCAGUACGGAUAAUGAACUAUCAAGGCAAUGGCUGGUUCACACUGCUCUCGAUGCGUUAGAAGAAAGACUAUCAACAACUAAUACUAGCAACACCAACUCAAGUGCAAACACAGCGCGGACCGAUCUACGCGACCUUUAUCUUGGCCUACUGUAUUCAACUGAUACUCAUAAAAUAUAUGGCUACGUUACUAACACGCGUAUUAAACUCGUACUCGUGACAAGUUCAACAUCUCCCAGUGGAAGUAACAUAAGAGAUGCAGAAGUUAGGACUGCGCUUCGUAGGCUCCAUGCUUUAUAUGCUGAUGCUAUUUGUAACCCUUUCCACUUGCCUGGAGACCAAAUCACUUCACCGAAAUUCGACAAACAAGUUAAGAGUUUAAUGUUGAAUAAUGUUUGAACAAUGAAGAUGAUUGGAAGAAGGUGUAACAUUGUAGCCGUAAUUAUUAUUUUAAUUAAACCCUAACAGACAUAUAUGUACCUAUA